AGUAGCCGGCAUAAAAUAAACCGAACGGAAGCAUUAUUUAAGCGCCCAAACAAUGCCGACAAUUGAGAGCAAGUGAGUAACCAAAAACACACACUACCCUCUUGAAAAUGACAAUGUCUCCUGUCAGUAAAUGGCGUAGAACCAUCGCUCCAUUUCCGUCGUCACUGCAGAAAACCCGGCAGCUUCGAUCAGAUGCAACAUUGGAGGCGAUUAAUCGAGCCGCUGAUGCGAAGACUCCGACUUUGGUACUAUACAACUACCCCUCAUUUUCUGGCGCUUUUUCUGCUCUCUUCGCUCAUCUCUUUCACUCUCACCUUCACCUUCCUUGCCUCAUCUUGCCUUUUUCGUCCGUGGUUCCUUUCAGGGUUGAAGACUUGUGUUUUGAGGGACUCAAGACAUGCUAUUUUCUUGAUUUCAUUGGUCCAAAAGGAUUUUCUGUGGAGCUUCAGCGGAGGACAGCAUGCAACGUGAUAUCUUUUGAUCAUCGAAAAGCAACACUUGCAAAGAUCCCUCCAAUCGAUGAUUAUUUUGGGAAUGUCACAUUUCAUGUUAAUGUUGGGAAGAGUAGCGCAAGGAUGGUGUGUGAUUAUUUUUCGCGCCAACUUAGAUGCACAAAAUCAUCUGAUGGAAAUGAUGCAGCUAGUAGUCUACUGAACUCAGAUGAUCAGUGUCAUAUGGAGUUACUUUUGAACUACCUUGAAGAUGGAGAUUUACGUCAAUGGAAGUUGCCUGACAUUCGAGCUUUUAAUAUUGGGAUUUCUGAAUGGAGGUCAAACUUGAACUGCAUCACAAAUCCCCACAUGUAUGUACAGCUAUUGGAGAUGAGCAUUGAAAAACUGAUAAAUAGGGGAAAAUCCAAACUUUCAACUCGAACGGAUUUGGCAAUAGAGUAUCUGAAUAAACCUUUCAAACUUCGGCUAGGUCAAGGUUUCUAUGGGGAGUGCCUGGGAGUGAGAGCAGAUACCAAUCCAGACCUAAGUGAUGAAAUUGGAAAAGAACUUAGCAUAAGAAGUGCUGCAGCUGGCUUAAGGCCAAUAGGAGCUGUUGUUUUCAUGCAACGUAAGAGACUGAAAGUGUGUUUGAGAAGUACUGAUGGCAACACCGACACUUCUGAAAUCGCAAAGGCAUAUGGUGGAGGAGGCUCACCUAGUUCCAGUUCAUUCAUCAUAAAAAUGGAUGAAUAUAAUCAGUGGCGCGCAGACAACAUUUCAAGUUAAUUGUAGAUAUGAUGCUGAUGGGAAGAGUGAAAACAAAGGCCAUGCCACAAGCAAAGAGGAGAGCCCACCAAGGAAUCUGAACUUGGUCUUUCAUGAAGAUACAAAGCAGAAAAGAAAUUGUUAUAGUCAACCCAAGAAGGAGGUAGAACCACCAUGAUGGUAUGUCUUUGUACUUCUUCAUCAGUUUGGUAUGAAUGUCAUCCUUGCUUUUGUAUGAUGCACGGUACCUUUCAUAGAUCUCCCUGUUUGUUGAACAUCAUACCACUAGUCAGACUAAACUCACAAAUCUAAACUGCCUUUUUCCCAAUUAAAAUGUUUUUUGGUUCUUUUUCCGUACUGCAAAAAAAAUAUUUAUGGCCAAUUUCACAAAUCUAACACAAAUCUAAACCAAAACUAGGACUGAACAAAUAGCACGUCAAGUGCUUAAUGUGACUAGAAUUUGACUGCCAAGUAAAUUGUAGCUUACAAAAUUCAGACUUGGGAUAAUACUGGAGGGAGGGACAAGUGCAAGAUAUCUUGUUUGUGGUAUUAAGUAAGAAAAAAAAUUAGAAUCCAUCUAUAUGAAAAAGUACUGACAAAGUUUACGGUAAGAGCAUUACCUUCCAUAGAAGAAGCCAACAUGAGUUAGAGUGGACGCAAUGGUGGCAAAUCCAAAGCCGUAAGUAAGAGCAAAAAAAGUGCUCAUAUGAAUCUGCCCCUGUUUCGCAUAUUGUGCUAGAUCUAGUUCAAACUUGUCGUUUACUAUUGCUGAAAUGUUAUAGAUUUGACCUUGAGCUGUGAAUAAAUGCGAGGAGAAAAUUGGGAACCUACGAGCGUUAUACAAGUCCAGUCCCCAGUAUGCUAUGGGAAUGAAAAUGUAUAUUAUCAGAACAUAACCUACACACACAUUUGCAAUCGCGAAGAAUGGGGUUAUGAGGGGGCUCAGUAAAAAGGAUGCUACAGCGGACCAGUCUAGUGUUAUGGCUCCUAGACCAAGGCCUCUCAUUCCUGAGCCUAAUUGUUGGGCUGUCACUGAUCUUGAAAAUACCCAGCAGACCCAUGAUACACUUGUGAGAGUUGAGAACAAGUAACCGGGGACUGCAUACCACAAAAAGCUGCACGUUAAUGCAAUUAAGAAGAACUUUGCCCGUGAUGUGCGUCUUUCUUCUUUGUCAUCUUUCUCAUGCAAGGCCCUG